AUGUGGUGCUAUGUGGUGGCCAUGGAUGCAUGCCACUUGUUGUUGGGGAGACCGUGGCAAUAUGACUGGAAUGCGCACCAUGAUGGAAGGAAGAACACAUAUAGCUUCAUAGUAGACAACGUGAGACUGACACUCCUACCAAGCUUGGGAAACGGACCUAAACCCUCAAAGGGGGCAGGCCAUUCUCAAUCACUAUUGACAAAACGGGAGUUUAUCACGGAGAUGUUGGCAUCAAAGGUUGUGUAUGUGCUGUUAGGCAGAGAGGGCAACAAAAUAGAAGAGGUGCCGGAAGAGGCCAUGGGGUUAGUGGAAGAGUUUGCCGAUGUAUUUCUGGCAGAGUUACCUGAAGAGCUUCCUCCUCUUCAUGACAUUCAACAUCAAAUUGACUUAGUGCCUGGAUUGAGUCUACCUAACUGGCCACACUACCUUAUGAGCCCCAAAGAACAUGAAGAAUUGAGGCGACAAGUGGAGUGGUUAUUGGCCAAGGGGCAUAUUCGAGAGAGUUUGAGCCCGUUUGCGGUAUCGGCAUUGCUCACCCCAAAAAAGAUGUCAUAUGGAGGAUGUGCAUGGAGAGUGGAGCCAUUAACAAGAUCACGGUGA